AUGUCCGUCAUAGGAAAUUACAGCAACAAAUACUUCAUCGCCGUUGUUGUCUGCAUCGCCGCCUUCAUCUGGAAGGCGCCCGAUGGCUCUCCUGCCGCAGAACAUAGGGCCUACCUCUUCAAUAUGGCUCCCAGACCUAUCAAGGAUGCGUAUCUCGCGCCUACACUUGCAAAUAUGAGCUGGCUUGCGUACGUCAGUCAUGACUGGAUAAAGGCAGUCAUGUUCCAGCUCUUCUCCCAAAUUCCCACCAUCGCGGGCCAUAGCUUGCAAUUUCUGGGAUUCUUCGUCGCCACCGUCUAUUCCUGGUUGCUUGCUCAGAAGCCAUGCAUCGAUACGGCAAUCGUAUGGGGCUCGGGGAUCGUCGAUGCCGCAGAUACCCUUCUGCUCGAGACGAUGGAUGCUUUGACGCCGCUGCACUCACGCAUAGAGAUGAAAUGGGGCGCAGCGCUGGCGUACGCGAUAGUCGGGGCCUGGGUAUCCGCGGGGCUCGGGUUGCUUUUCACGAUCGCAGCUGUUGUGGUCACGGCUUUGCACUUGGUGUUCAGCAUUCUGUGGUCUAGAGUGGACUGGAGAAGAGCUUUCCUGCUCUCUAUUACAUCUGUUGUGGGGUAUGUCGGAUAUUUGUGGAUGAAGGAGGAUGCCUUUUUGGGCGUCGCUUAA